ACUUGUACCAUCAGCAUAUACAAUAUUAUACAAAACCAAAUUACCAAAAUACCAUUUAAUCUCCCUCUCUCGAUAGUGUAUAAAAUUUCGAUUGGGAGGAGCGAAUACAUGUCCGGUCUCAGUUGCUCAUCCAGAAACCCUAGUUCGUAUCUCUUCUGGGUUUAUCUUAGGUCAGAACAGUUCACUGGUAGGAAUCUGAAGAACUUCUGGUUCUCUUGGCACUGGGAUCCUUUCCCUAUCCUUGCUUAAAUUCUGGUGGAGAAUAAAAUGCCUGGCACAGCAAUCUUACCUCUUCCUGCACCUCCUCCUGGCGGAGACAGCUCUCCUCCCCCUUCUCAAUUGUCAGAACAGCAUUCUUCUAAGGAAGAUAAAACAACAAAUGAGAACCAGAACAAAGCCCCAGUUGCAACACACACUAGAACUAUUGGAAUCAUUCAUCCUCCGCCAGAUAUUAGGAAUAUUGUAGACAAAACUGCACAAUUUGUUGCUAAAAAUGGGCCUGAGUUUGAAAAAAGGAUCAUUGCCAAUAAUGCUAACAAUGCCAAGUUCAAUUUUUUGAAUCCCUCAGAUCCAUACCAUGCAUACUAUCAACAUCAUUUGUCUGAAUUUCGUGCGCAGAAUCAAUCUUCUGCUCAGCAGCCUCCAUCACAACCUGCAGAUUCUGAUGCCACUGAGUCUACCCAAUCUGCUCCUGCUUCUGAUGGCACUGACGCUGCUCCAAAGCCUGACCCCACAGCCCAGUUUAGACCACCUCCUCGGAAAGUUCUUGAUCCUCCUGAAGCUGAGCAAUAUACCAUUCGGCUUCCUGAGGGGAUUACAGGAGAGGAACUUGAUAUUAUUAAGCUCACUGCCCAGUUUGUGGCUCGAAAUGGCCAAGCUUUCUUGACUGGUCUGACAAAUAGGGAGAUGAACAAUCCCCAGUUCCAUUUUUUGAAGCCAACUCAUAGCAUGUUCACAUUUUUUACUGGACUGGCUGAUGCAUACUCAAAAGUGUUGAUGCCUCCUAAGGGGUUGACUGAGAAGCUGACAAAAAGUGUUGCUGAUAUGACCACUGUGCUUGAACGGUGUUUGCAUCGCUUGGAGUGGGAACACUCGCAGGAGCAGGCGAGGCAGAAAGCCGAGGAUGAGAUUGAGCAAGAGAGGAUUCAAAUGGCAAUGAUCGAUUGGCAUGAUUUUGUUGUGGUUGAGACAAUAGACUUUGCAGAUGAUGAGGAUGAGGACUUGCCCCCUCCUAUGACCCUUGAGGAGGUUAUAAGGAGGAGCAAGGUAUCUUCUAUGGUUGAAGAUGAAGUCAUUGAGCCUGGAAAGGAGGUGGAAAUGGAAAUGGAUGAAGAAGAGGUGCAACUUGUUGAGGAGGGAAUGAGGGCUGCCAGUCUUGAAGAGAAUGACAGUGAGAAGAAAUUUGCCAAGGCAAAUGAGGAACCAGAAGAACCUAUGAGAAUUGUGAAGAACUGGAAGAGGCCUGAGGAAAGGAUCCCUGCUGAAAGGGACCCAACAAAAGUUGUGGUUUCCCCUAUCACUGGUGAGCUAAUACCCAUUAAUGAGAUGUCUGAGCAUAUGAGGAUUUCUCUAAUUGAUCCCAAGUACAAGGAGCAAAAGGAAAGGAUGUUUGCAAAAAUCCGGGAAACAACUCUUGCUCAGGAUGAUGAAAUCUCUAGAAACAUUGUCGGACUUGCACGGACUCGACCUGAUAUCUUUGGCACGACUGAAGAAGAAGUUUCUAAUGCAGUUAAGGCAGAGAUUGAGAAGAAGAAAGAUGAGCAACCAAAGCAGGUCAUAUGGGAUGGUCAUAGUGGAAGCAUUGGCCGUACUGCAAAUCAAGCUAUGUCUCAAAAUAUUAUUGGAGAGGAUCAAAGUGAAGCUGGUAAUGAUGAUGCCAGGGGCCUGCCUGGUCCUGCAGCUCCUCCUCCUCGACCUGGUGUCCCCUCAGUUCGUCCCCUACCUCCACCACCAGGGCUAGCAUUGAAUCUUCCUCGGAUGCCUCCAAAUACCAUUCAAUACUCGGCCCCAACUAGUGGUGCAUUUCCUGUGCCUCCACCAAGGCCACCAGGUAUGCCAAUGGUUCCAUCAAUUCGUCCAAUGCAGGCUCCAAUGCCAGUGGCACCUGGACAGCAGCCCAUUAUGAUGAAUCGACAGCUUACAAUGCCUCCAUCUAUAUCUGGAAAUCCACCAAGUAUGCCAGUUCCUCCUCCACCUGGAUCCCAGUUUACGCCAAUUCCUCGACCUUUUGCUCCUCUUCCUGUCCCUCCAACAGCAAUUGGUAUGAUGCCACCACCACCACCCUUGCCUCAAGGAAUGCCUCCACCACCUCCACCUGACGAUGCUCCUCCACCACUUCCAGACGAACCAGAGCCUAAGAGACAGAAGCUUGAUUCUAUGCUUAUUCCAGAAGAUCAAUUCCUGGCACAACAUCCGGGACCUGUACGCAUCACUAUUUCUGUUCCGAAUGUGGAUGAAGGAAAUCUCAAAGGGCAAGUUCUGGAGAUUACAAUGCAGUCCUUGUCUGAAACAGUUGGCAGCCUGAAAGAGAAAAUUGCUGGAGAGAUCCAACUUCCUGCAAACAAGCAGAAAUUGAGUGGAAAAGCUGGUUUCCUAAAGGAUAAUAUGUCACUUGCCUACUACAACAUUGGAGCUGGAGAGGCACUGUCUCUUUCUUUGAGAGAGCGUGGUGGUAGAAAGAGAUGAAGAGGCUCCUUGACAUGGACAUUUAAGUAGCAAGCAUUGGGGUUGGCCUUUUCUGUUGCUGUUCUUGUAGAGAAAAGUUACUUGUCUUGAUGAUGCUGCAACCUGCUAGAUGCGUGAAUCUUAGAAUGGCUUAGGCAUGUUGUUCUUGCAAAAUACCUGGUUUGCAAAUUAAGCGUGGGUAUGUUUGCUCAUUGUAUUUGCAGCAUUGAGCAGGGUUAAUUGGUGUUUUGCAAGAUCUGUAGCCGGAUGGAGUGAUCAUAGAUUUAUCUUUUCCUUAGUUGGCAUUGUAUUAGUCGCCAAUUUGUUUUUCCAACAUAGAAGAUUAGUAUGAAAGCAAACAACCAAUCUUUUUAUGAUGUGAUAAUUUGCUAGCUGUUUCCUUACUAGUAGUUUUGCCAUAUACUUACUUUCAGAAGCGAUGGUGGUCACAUCCUCCUCCUGAUUGUUAUUCUGUCAUUUGAGAUUUGAUCCUUAUAACCGGACUUAUGUGUAUUUUAACUUGGACAUAACUUUUCUC